GCUCCGCGGUGCCCAUGAACGUUCUCCAGACAGCCAUUACUGCUGUCGGCAAUGGCACGGUGCUAAACGUCUGGGCAUGGAGAACGAACAAAGGAUCUUCAAUGCUCGGGGUGAUCCUGUACUUCAGCGACUUCCAAAAUAGCCAGUUACGACAGUUCAACGUUUACUUGAACGAUGAACUGCUCGCCGCCAACUACAGCCCCCCGUACCUAUCUGCUUCUAGUGUGCAGUCUGGCUGGUCCAAGACUACCGACGGCACGUAUAAUAUCACUCUUGGAGCCACCAAUAACUCUCUGCCCCCGAUGAUCAAUGCAUUUGAGGUAUACACCCUCAUCCCAAACAGCAGCCCGAGGACAUUCUCCAAGGAUUUCGAUGCAAUGAUGGCCAUAAAAUACGAGUAUGGAGUAAAUAAAAACUGGAAUGGUGAUCCAUGUUUCCCGCCCAACUAUGCAUGGAAUGGUGUGAAAUGUAGCAAUUCAACUGGCAACACUACGAGGAUAAUCUCUCUGGAUCUGUCCAACAGUACCUUGACAGGGUCUAUAUCUAACAACUUCACGUUGCUCACAGAACUCCAAUUAUUGGAUUUGUCUCACAAUAGUUUGAACGGCCCUAUUCCAUAUACCCUCUGUAAAAAGAAUGGAGGACCACUCGUUUUUAGAUCUGAAUCUGGCGAAGAUAUGUGCAAUAAAACAAUGAGUCCACCUCCAUCAAAAAAUAUAAAAACUAUAUUGUCCAUUUCCAUCGUGGUUCCCCUGGUUGUAGUGGCUCUACUUGUUCUUUCAUAUUUGAUCUGGAGAGGAAAGCGAAGGCCCAAAAUAUCUAUGCAUGAUCCUCAUAAAGAGUCAGAGCUUCAGAGUGUUCCGGGAAGUACAAAAAUUCAUGGGAAUCACCUGCAAAGUAUUGAGAAUCGUCAAUUCACGUACAAGGAGCUGGAGAAUUUUACUAAUAAGUUCGAACGGUUCCUUGGAAAAGGAGGUUUUGGGCUCGUGUACUACGGUCGCUUGGAAGAUGGUAGUGAGGUUGCUGUCAAGAUGCGUUCUGAAUCAUCGUCGCAUGGGCUUGAUGAGUUCUUAGCCGAGGUUAAUAGCUUGACAAAGGUGCAUCACAGGAAUCUAGUUUCUUUGGUUGGUUGCUGCUGGGAGAAAGAUCACUUAGCACUGGUUUAUGAGUACAUGUCUCAAGGCAAUCUUUGGGAUCAUCUAAUAGGAAAUAAUUGUGACGAAACCUUGGAUUGGGCAACACGUGUACGAGUUGUUCUUGAAGCUGCGCAAGGCCUAGAUUACCUGCACAAAGGAUGCAGCUUUCCAAUCAUUCACAGGGAUGUGAAGACCGGCAAUAUCCUGUUAGGUCAAAAUAUGCGGGCAAAAGUAGCUGAUUUUGGACUUUGUAAAACAUAUAUUAGUGAAAUACAGACUCACGUAUCAACUAACGCGGCUGGAACACCAGGUUACUUCGACCCAGAGUACUUCCAAACUGGCAGGCUCACUGAGAGCAGCGAUGUUUAUAGCUUUGGUGUUAUUUUACUGGAGAUAGUUACUGGCGAGACUCCGAUGAUGCCAGGCCAUGGACAUAUUAUUCAGCGUGUGAAACAGAAGAUCGCCACUGGUAACAUCAGCUCGGUUGCCGAUGAGCGGCUCAGCGGUAACUAUGAGGUUACCUCCAUGUGGAAAGUAAUCGACACCGCCAUGGCAUGUACAGCAGAUACUUCUGAUCGUAGGCCAACAAUGGCCACCGUGGUGGCACAGUUGAAGGACAGCCUGGCAUUGGAGGAAGCCCGCGAGGAUAGUGGCAUCAGGGUAAGCCCCGCAAGUGAUAGUACUACAGCCUUGAUGUCCACAUCUGGUCCCUUGGCAAGAUGAAGCUGGGACUAUAACUGAACAAGUUUUAUGCCAUCGUUGAUGGUUCUGUAAUAAUUAUAUUUCCUGGCAGAAACAAGAUGGGUAUGUAUUACAACGGCGUAUAUUGUUUUGUCUCUCUGAAUUAUCCUCGCGUUAAGGAAAACUAGUGUGUGUUUUGUGUAUACAAA